UACUCCAUACUUGAGCCAAGAGAAUCCAGCCUAAUCCAGCAGGUACGUAAAUACCUGCUGAUGCUGGAUGUGCGGAAGGAGCAUGUAAAGUUCUGGAGGCCACAGGUGUUGCUGAUGGUGGCCAACCCCCGGUCCUCCUGCCAGCUCAUCACCUUCAUCAACCAGCUGAAGAAGAGCGGGCUCUUUGUGCUGGGACACAUGCAAUUGGGAGUUCUGGACGCCUUGCCCUCGGAUCCCAUCAAGCCCCAGUAUACCUUCUGGCUGAGUCUAGUAGACAAGCUGGGGGUGAAGGCCUUUGUGGACCUCACUCUGUCUCCCUCUGUCAGACAGGGGACCCAGCACCUGCUGCGAAUCACAGGACUGGGAGUCCUCCUCGGGCGACCAAGGCUGGAUGGUGAAGGAGGAGACCCUGUGCGACCUGCUGGGGAAACUGCGAAUCCGGGCCUCCAUAAAGAUCGUGCCGUGGGACGCUGUGGUGAAGCUUCACAGAGAGGGGAGGGAGCCAUCGGCCUCCACGCUGGGGGAGACGCACACGAUGGGGGAGACCCUCCCUCCAAUGCCCCGGAGAGCUUCUUGUCGGGGGUGAAUGGACUGCUCCUGGAGCACAGUGCCCAAGCUGCGGUCCGUUUCCUGUAUUUGCCGAGCCCCCCUGCAGACUCCAGCCAAUCCCAGCAGUACCUGGCUCAGCUGGAGGCUGUAACCCGUGACCUAGGCCCCACCCUCCUGAUCCAUGGUCUCACAAAAGUCACUUGCACUGAGCUCUGAAAAUGCUCGCGUGUGUGCAUGAGUGGGAUGGAGAGAGGGAGAAAUGCAACCCAGCGGUUAAGCUUUAACUAUGUUGGUACAUUCCCCAUUUGCUGUAUGCUGUAUAUAUUGUUAUUGUUAUGCUCAGGGUUUUUCUCUUUUACAAGGUAAGUGAGCUUUUAUGAAGCCACUUUUAUGAUGGCAUAGUUGCUUGGUUGCAAGCAGGCAUCUUGCAGUACACUUUAAGAAUGUUACAGAAUUAAGAACGAGGGAAAUGUUUUCCCUGGUGCAAAACUAAAUAUGCAAGAGGGUUAUAUAUCACCGUUUCCAGGCUCAACGGCGAAUUAUCAAGUAAAAGAAAUGGAAAAGAAAGACAUGGUUAAGCAAAACUACAAAUCUAGUAUACACACUAGCUUUGUGGAGCAAGUGCCAAUUAUUGGCUAUGGAUAACUAGCUAGGAAUAUGAUGGCAAGCUGUCAUGUUAUUUUUCCAGCAAGUAAAAAUAAAUAAAAAGAGAACCAAAAAAUUUAAACAUGACAUGGUUAGUUGCUGCCUAACCAGCUAGCUUGAAUGUACUGCCAUGAAUGCUAUGCCAAUUUAUCUCUCUGCCAAUGUCAGACUUUUCUGUGCUUUAGUCUGUCUAAUAUCAUUAAUAACUAAACAAAAUCGAAAGGACCACACUGAAAUAUUCUUAUUCAGAUAAAUAUACAUUUCCAUACAUUUAAAAGAAAGGUCACCCUAUAAAAUCAUGACAGUUGACAAUCUCCAGGUCAAAACGAACAUUUAUAUUUAUGUGUAACUGAGAUUAACUUUCAAGAUGAUCAUGUUACAGGAAAAAAGGUUACUUAAGUUUUUUUUCAUCUGUAUAUGUUGAGAUUGGAGCAAAUAUUUUUUAUAAUUUGUAGGAAUUGCCGAUAUGAGCACAGUGUAAACUGUGUAGUCUUUCUGUUUCUCGGUUUAUCUUCAAGAUAAUGUAACUUGUCAUCCGUAUUUAGGGCACCAGUGCUCUUUUUACUGCAGUGCCUAGAUAAUGGGCUUCCUGAUCCUAUAUUUACUUUAAAGGCUUUAAAUCCAAAGUGACUUUCAUCAAGUGUAAACCAGCAGACAAUCUGUGGCCCACUUGUGAGAAUGCCAGGAUUUGUUUUUGCACAUUACUGUUGAAGAUAAUCAGGCAAAAAUAAAAUGCACUGCUGGAAAAUACCUCACUGAAUGUGUUGU